AUGCAAGAAAAUCUACCAACUGCUAUCUUGAACAAUGGUGUUGUUAUGCCGGUUUUUGGAUUGGGAACAUGGCAGUCAAAGCCCAAUGAGGUUUGUAAUGCUGUGGAAUUUGCUUUGAAGAAUAACUAUAGGUUGAUUGAUACAGCAGCUAUCUAUGGGAAUGAGCAUGAAGUUGGUGAAGGUAUUAAAAGAAGUGGGAUUUCAAGAGCUGAACUCUUUAUUACCACCAAAUUAUGGAAUUCUCAUCAUGAUCCGGUAGAUGUUGAAAUUGCUCUCGAUGAAAGUUUAAACAAGCUUGGUUUGGACUACAUCGACCUAUAUCUCAUGCAUUACCCAUGUGCAAAUGAUAAGGAAAUGUUUUUAAAAGAUCAAUACGUUAAAGCUGAUAUAGAUUUUGUUGAUACAUGGAAAGCUAUGGAAGGUUUGCUCGAGAGUGGUAAGGUUAGGGCCAUUGGGAUCUCAAAUUUUUCAUUAUCAGAGACUCAAAAGCUAUUGGAAAGCUGUGCAAUUAAACCCCAGGUUCACCAGAUGGAAAUGCAUCCUUAUCUAAAACAAUCAGAGUUCUUAGACUUUCACAAGAAAAAUGAUAUUCAUGUAACAGCCUAUUCUGCUUUUGAUAAUGAACCAAAAAUUUUGUCACACCCAUCAGUUUUAGAAAUUUCAAAAAGGUUGGGAAAACCUGCAUCCCAACUUUUGGUGUCUUGGGCAAUCAAACGUGGUACUUCAAUUAUUCCAAAAACUGUUACAUUCAAAAGAAUUUUAGAAAAUUAUGAGGGCCAUGAUCUUGAAUGCCCUGGAAAGAAGCCAUAA